AUUAACCCUCCUCCCAGAAAAAACCUUCUUUUUAGCCUCCUCAACAUCAACAUUCUCUGCUACUUACCAUUUACCAGCAAUGGGACUCGAUGACGUUGAUCUCUUCCUCGGUCUAGGCAGAGGUUGCCUUGUUAAGCAAGAAAGCUUUUCGCCGUGGGGUCAUCAUCAACAAAAGAAGAAGAAAUCGUUCCUCAAACAUGACCAGUUUCUUCCAUCUCUUUCGUUAGGUCCAUCACAUGGCAUGCAUCAAUCUUUUGUGAACUUCGAUGGCAGUGAAGUAGAUGGUGAGUCAAUUGAUUUGCACCAACGUCAAGCCUAUUCUCUCAGUCCCAGUGCGGUUUCUUCUUUUUCUAACUCGAGCGUUAAGAGGGAGAGAGAUUUAGGCGGUGAAGAGGUGGGAUUGGAGAGAGUUUCUUCGAGGGUCAGUGAUGGAGAUGAAGAAGGCAGUCCCAGGAAAAAACUUAGGCUUAGAAAAGAACAAUCUGCCAUUUUAGAGGAGAGCUUCAAAGAACACAGCACUCUAAACCCUAAACAAAAGCAAACUUUAGCAGAACAGCUAAAUCUAAGGCCACGGCAAGUGGAAGUAUGGUUCCAGAAUAGGAGAGCCAGGACAAAGCUGAAACAGACUGAAGUAGAUUGUGAGUUACUGAAGAAAUGUUGUGAAACACUAACAGAAGAGAACAAGAGGCUCCACAAAGAACUGCAAGAGCUUAAAUCAUUGAAGUUAACAGCAUCAUAUUGCAUGCAACUUCCAGCAGCCACCCUCACCAUCUGCCCUUCUUGCGAAAAGGUCGACAAUGGAAGUGAAGGCCCUUCGGCUUCGAGCACUUUUACAAUUGGGCAGAAAUCUCACUUCUACACUCACCCAUCUGCAGCCUGUUAGACAGCUUGUUGAGGGACAUAGAACAUUGCUAGUUUUCUUCAAGGCUAUAUAUCA